UUUAAUUCAAUUUUAAAGUCACGUUUCCCAUGCUUAGUUCGAUUUAAGGUUUUUUGAAAAGGUUAAAAACGAAAAGGGCUUUAUAAGAAAGACCUCGAGGUCCUCGACUAUCAGAUACCUCAAAGAAUAAAUAUCGUGCCAGAAGCAUGGGAUCGCACCGUCAAUGAAUGGAAUUCUAUAAUUCUAUCCGACAGAUAGAAGUGAAUACUGUGUUAAAAGAAAUAUGAAUAAUAACAAGCCGCAGAGUUCGUGGAAACACCACAUCAAUACACAGAAUUAAUAUUACAUAAAUAUAUUGCGAUAAGAAAUAAUAAACACCAUACAUACGAAGAUUUAGCAGCAGGCAUAGUCUUUAGUCUGAAAUCUGGAUCCAUCGGCAGCGGAAUGUCUAUUACUUUCUGGUUUUACUUGUGCGCUUCAAUCAUUUCGGUGCUGGCGGCCCAUCUUCCGGAACACAAUUGCGAUUCAUACUUUACAUAUAGCACCAUGGACAUGGGAAAAACAUAUAUAGGCGUUUUCACGGCCCCCAGAGCCUACAUUACCUCGUUCUACUGGGAGGCAGAGUUCUCUGCUCGCGGACGUGAAGAUCAAGUCGACUAUCUCAAUCCGUAUCCCGACAAUGAAGAGUGCUAUGCCAAUAUCAGAAGGGGAAAUCGCGCCGAAAUGUUUUUGAUCUUUCGAAACAUUACCACGGAGGUUCCCAAGCUGAUCAAAUUUACGCUGAAUGGAGAGACCCUGUGCACCAACGAAAAGUACCCCCCACUCAGUAUCACAACUCGCGUAGCUCGGAGAAUGACUGUCGAUGAAAUACCCACAGCGAUAACAUUUAGAAAAUAUGUUUGAAUUGAAGAGAGCGUUUUUCACAGUGUUCGGAGUAUCAUAACGGCUAAUAAAUGAUUAAUGAAUAUUAUUAUUUAAUAUUAUUAAUUAUCAAACAGACGUUAUUCUGGAAAAGUA